AUGACGCUUGAUAACUACUCCACAUGUAAUGUAGUUGUUGAAGAUAUCUUGAACGAACUUCCAAGUGCCUCACUUAGGCUACGUGGUUCAUUGUUUCAUAUGCGUUGUUGUGCACAUGUUCUGAAUCUCGUUGUUCAAGAUGGAUUAUCGGUGAUUGGACAAGGAAUUACAAGAAUCCAUGAGAGUGUUGCUUAUUGGUCAGCAUCGCCCAAAAUAGAGCAAAAAUUUGUUGAAGUGUCACAUCAAGAAGGCAUUGAAAGUACGAAGAAGUUGACUCUUGACUGUAAGACUCCCUGGAACUCAACUUAUUUAAUGCUUGAAGCUGCUUUCAUUUACAAAGAUGUGUUUUUUCGUUUAAAGCUUCGUGAGCCACAAUAUAGAUGUUUGCCAACGGAGGAGGAAUGA